AUGGAGGGGGCGGGCCUAACCACAUGGAUUAAGCAGGACGCUGGCAUCCGUUCUUUAGACCGCAAGGGACCGCGCACAGCUGGCCCCCGGAUGGAAGGGCUAGAUGUGGAGUUUCAUCAUUGUGGACCACGAUAUGCAGAUGAAAUAGAGCACGCCCCCCUGCAGGCCUCACAAGGCAGUCUCACUCUGGCAGGCAGUCUCACUCUGGCAGGCAGUCUCACUCUGGCAGGCAGUCUCACUCUGGCAGGCAGUCUCACUCUGGCAGGCAGUCUCACUCUGGCAGGCAGUCUCACUCUGGCAGGCAGUCUCACUCUGGCAGGCAGUCUCACUCUGGCAGGCAGUCUCACUCUGGCAGGCAGUCUCACUCUGGCAGGCAGUCUCACUCUGGCAGGCAGUCUCACUCUGGCGGGCAGUCUCACUCUGGCGGGCAGUCUCACUCUGGCGGGCAGUCUCACUCUGGCGGGCAGUCUCACUCUGGCGGGCAGUCUCACUCUGGCGGGCAGUCUCACUCUGGCGGGCAGUCUCACUCUGGCGGGCAGUCUCACUCUGGCGGGCAGUCUCACUCUGGCGGGCAGUCUCACUCUGGCGGGCAGUCUCACUCUGGCGGGCAGUCUCACUCUGGCGGGCAGUCUCACUCUGGCGGGCAGUCUCACUCUGGCGGGCAGUCUCACUCUGGCGGGCAGUCUCACUCUGGCGGGCAGUCUCACUCUGGCGGGCAGUCUCACUCUGGCGGGCAGUCUCACUCUGGCGGGCAGUCUCACUCUGGCGGGCAGUCUCACUCUGGCGGGCAGUCUCACUCUGGCGGGCAGUCUCACUCUGGCGGGCAGUCUCACUCUGGCGGGCAGUCUCACUCUGGCGGGCAGUCUCACUCUGGCGGGCAGUCUCACUCUGGCGGGCAGUCUCACUCUGGCGGGCAGUCUCACUCUGGCGGGCAGUCUCACUCUGGCGGGCAGUCUCACUCUGGCGGGCAGUCUCACUCUGGCGGGCAGUCUCACUCUGGCGGGCAGUCUCACUCUGGCGGGCAGUCUCACUCUGGCGGGCAGUCUCACUCUGGCGGGCAGUCUCACUCUGGCGGGCAGUCUCACUCUGGCGGGCAGUCUCACUCUGGCGGGCAGUCUCACUCUGGCGGGCAGUCUCACUCUGGCGGGCAGUCUCACUCUGGCGGGCAGUCUCACUCUGGCGGGCAGUCUCACUCUGGCGGGCAGUCUCACUCUGGCGGGCAGUCUCACUCUGGCGGGCAGUCUCACUCUGGCGGGCAGUCUCACUCUGGCGGGCAGUCUCACUCUGGCGGGCAGUCUCACUCUGGCGGGCAGUCUCACUCUGGCGGGCAGUCUCACUCUGGCGGGCAGUCUCACUCUGGCGGGCAGUCUCACUCUGGCGGGCAGUCUCACUCUGGCGGGCAGUCUCACUCUGGCGGGCAGUCUCACUCUGGCGGGCAGUCUCACUCUGGCGGGCUGUCUCACUCUGCCGCCGCCUCCUCCUUCACCGCCGCCGCCGCCUCCUCCUCAUGCUGCUGCAGCCUGGCGCGCUCGCGAGCGGAAGGGCUCGUACGCCGAGGAAAUUCCCAUCACCCGCCAGUCUAAUGCUGGGGCAGAAGGACCAGGUAUAACACCAUCAGCUUAG